UCUUUGUCGCGAGUGGUCGAUAUUUACGGACAAAUCAGCUUAAAACGUCGCAGCUGAACAAAGUGCAGAGCGGAGUAGAUCGCAACAGCAAAUACUAUGUAUCUACCUGUUUUAGAAUCUGUGCAUUUUCAGUUUGUCGCGUAUAUUUGGCUUCGGCAUUUCUGUUGAUAUUUAAUGCGCUUGUACUGCCAUAGUCUUAUGAGAGGUGCUUGCUGUAAGAAAACGAAUGCUGGAAGAAAAAGCUAUACAGAGCUCACGACAAACUCAGUUCAACAACUUACAAAGGUCUUUCAAAACGCAACAUACAUAGUUAUUCUAAUUGAAAUGCAUUAAACGUUUUAUUUGAAACAAACAAUAGUUUAAGUUACAGUAUCUGUUUCCAUUCAUUGGGAUUAAUAAAUAAAAUGGAUACUGGCGCCGGUUCUUCGGGAUCCAAUCAGCUAGCUUUGCCAAAUAACAAUUUUCGCCAUGACUUACAACAGGGUGAUCGAUCGACGUGGGAGUAUCACACGGUUUCUGUAACACGUGUUCCGGGAUAUGGAUUUGGUAUAGCCGUUUCAGGCGGGCGCGAUAACCCACAUUUCGCAAAUGGAGACCCCUCAAUUGCUGUAAGCGACGUUUUAAAGGGUGGCCCAGCCGAGGAUCGUUUACAAGUUAACGAUCGUAUAAUAUCGGUGAAUGGAGUUUCUUUGGAAAAUGUUGAGUAUGCCACUGCGGUACAAGUGUUAAGGGAUAGCGGCAACACAGUAACACUUGUUGUUAAACGACGCGUGCCUGUAAGUUCCGCAGCUCAAAUCCGGCAGUCGCAGGCCAUAAGUUCGAUAGGAAUAACAGCACCGAAUUCGAGUGGAAUACCCAUUCAUGGAUCAAGCGUAAUACCUGGAGCAAUGAGUCAAUCUAACUCUUUGAAUGGUUCUCCUUUGCAAAGCAAUGCAGCACAGCCAAUUAAAGUGACUCUCUCGAAGGCAAAUAAAAAGGAUGAUUAUGGCAUUGUUCUAGGAUGUAGAUUAUUUAUAAAAGAAAUUUCGACGAAGGCGCGCGAUCAACUAGCCGCAAACGGUUAUUCCCUACAAGAAGGUGAUGUGAUCACAAGAAUUCACAAUUCAAAUUGUGGAGACACAAUGAGCUUAAAAGAGGCUAAAAAAUUGAUCGAUGCCUGCAAAGAACGUUUGAACUUAGUUGUGUUGCGGGAUAUUACCAACCAGGCAGUAACUGCAAUGACUAAUCAAUUGAACAACUCCACAACACCAUCGAAUGUAUACAUUAGUCACCAGGCACAAGUUUCGAAUUGUAGUAAUAAUCUCGAUGAUCCAUAUUUAAAUGGAGGAACGAAUUAUUCAUCACAGAAUCUGUAUGUUCAACCGCCGACACGCUCUUUAGGACAUGGAACAUCGAAUGGUUUAAACGACGAAAAAAGUAAUCUAACACCAAGGGGUCGUUCUCGGGGACCCAUUAUGGAUGCUGUUUCAUUUUCACAACUUGAUCGCCCUGUAACGCCUCCAAAUGAGAGUCGUGCACGCACCGAUGAGCCUCCGCGACCCCCACCUCCUCGAGGCAAUGUUGGUAGAAGCGCGGACAGUUUUUAUAGUUCCCGUCGACAAAUUUACGAAUCUGAUCAGUUGUCGCAACCGAAGCAAUCAUCGGAGCCACGUUUCAUAUCGUUUCAAAAAGAGGGAAGUGUGGGAAUACGAUUAACUGGGGGAAACGAGUCUGGAAUUUUUGUUACAGCCGUACAACCCGGCUCACCAGCAUCUUUGCAAGGACUAACGCCUGGAGACAAGAUUUUAAAAGUCAAUGAUAUGGACAUGCAUGGCGUGACACGUGAAGAGGCAGUUCUUUUUCUUCUCAGCCUGCAAGAUCGCAUCGAUUUGAUUGUACAAUAUUGCAAAGAAGAGUAUGACGAAGUGGUGACGAAUCAACGUGGCGAUUCUUUUCAUAUUAAAACUCAUUUUCAUUGUGAAAAUCCCUCAAAAGGUGAGAUGGCUUUCAAAGCCGGAGACGUAUUUCGAGUGAUUGACACGCUCCAUAAUGGCGUCGUCGGUUCGUGGCAAGUGCUUAAAAUAGGACGAGGGCAUCAGGAGAUGCAGCGUGGUGUCAUACCAAACAAAUCACGAGCCGAAGAGUUGGCGACGGCACAAUUUAAUGCUAAUAAAAAAGAAAUGAGUUCUAACGAGUCCCGGGGAAAUUUCUUCCGUAGAAGACGGUCUACUCACCGCCGUUCAAAGAGUCUUUCCAGGGAAAACUGGGAUGACGUGGUUUUCGCUGAUAGUAUAUCAAAAUUCCCCGCGUAUGAACGCGUACUUCUGCGUCAUCCAGGGUUCGUGCGCCCUCUUGUACUCUUUGGUCCAGUCUCUGACUUGGCACGUGAAAGGCUUGCUAAAGAUAUUCCGGAUAAGUUCUCAGUACCAUUACAAGAUGAUGAUAAGUCGAAUUCCAAAUGUCGGAUAGUGCGAUUAUCAAAUAUAAGGGACAUAAUGGAUCGCGGUAAACACGCUCUGUUAGACAUAACGCCCAACGCAGUCGAUCGUCUAAACUACGCGCAAUUAUAUCCCAUUGUCAUAUUCCUGAAGACUGACAGUAAACAUGUCAUAAAACAAUUACGCCAUGGGUUGCCAAAAUCAGCACACAAAAGCUCUAAAAAAUUAUUAGAACAAUGUCAAAAAUUAGAACGUAUCUGGUCACAUAUAUUUAGCACACAAAUAGUGCUGAGCGACGAAGAAUCAUGGUACCGAAAAAUGCGGGAUGCAAUUGAUCUACAACAAAGUGGAGCGGUGUGGAUGUCCGAAUCAAAGCCGAUUGAAUCCCUGUCCGAUGAUUUCCUUUUCCCAAUGACCACCUCCCGUCUAUCGUAUGCAUCGAGUCCGGAAUCUGAUUUGGAAUUAAGUCCGGGGCCGUCAACGUCAUUGUCCCUCGGUAAUUUGCCGCAAUUGGUCAAAUCGAGCUCAGAUCCGUCGAUUGCCACUAAUCAGGAUAACUUGGAUAGGUCUAGAGAUACAGUCGGUGACGGAUUACCACCUCCAUAUACGAUUCCGUAUGAUCACGCUAUUAAUUUAUCAUCAAAUUGCCGACAACCAAUUGAUGGCAAUAAAUAUGCAACUUAUGCGACAGGAUCCAGUAUUAUUGAUGCAGAUGUUGUGGUUUCCGACCCAUCAACGCCUUCUGCACGCCCACAAUCAUUUUAUGGUAAACAUGCACCUGAUCUUCCGCCACGAAUCGAUCGCCAAUCAAAGCCUGGACCAGGUGAAAUGCUUCCAGAUCUACGUACCAACAGUUCAAGUGGAACGUUGGGUCGUUCAGCACAAGGACGUCUGUUUGGCAAAGCCGUCAUUAAUGGCGAAGUGCAUGCUGAAUACAUCUCCCGAAGCGCCAACGACUCGAUGGAUUACCACCAAGCUUCAUUGGAACGUCAAGCACUUCUCAAUGCAGCAAUUUCAAAUCCAGCGGUUAGCGUCAAUAAAGUAACUCAACUAAAUGGCAACUCAUACGACAGUGUGUCUAGCUACGAUUCAUAUAACACGUCGCAGUUAACAGUACAAAACCUUGGAAGACUUGGUCCAAAUGCGCCGGAUGAUCUCAAGUCAGUGCCGAACGCGAGUCGUAACAACUCCGUGACGCAAGCAGAUUACAGCAAACAGCCGAAUAAUCCCCAUUUGAUUGCAUCGCCACAAAACAUCAAUGGCAACAACAACAGUGGUAGCGGAAAUGGGGCUUCAAACAACAGUGCCUGCGGUCCAUUCAAACCAGUUCCACCGCCGAAGCCUAAAAAUUAUCGCCCACCAAUGCAAGGGACCAAGAGUACCGGCGACCAAUGGGAGAGUGGGGAUUCAGGGUCUCCACGUUCACCAAAUGGAUCUUUUUAUUCACCCAUGGGGGCUUCACAUCACCAUUACUCACAGCAGAUAUCUGGCUCUCCUGGCCAUGGUAAUAAUAACAACAUCCAUGCAACAUACGGUAGCAACAAUUAUGUUCAACAGUCACAAUACCCGCCUCCAUCAGUCCAUGGAUACGUUGGUAAUCACCACUACAAUGGCGGAAGCGGAACAGGACCGUAUAUUGCGCCACAUCGUGGCAUGCCAGCUCCCAUAGGUUAUGGGCCUUAA